AUGCUCUCAGUCUGGUCAAGUAUAGGAGUUUUCACCUUUUGGGGUGUGUCUGCAGGAGCCCUGGCCUGUCUCAUCCUCUCCCUUUCCAUUUUUUACGAGCUCUACUGGUCCCCCCUCAGUAUCUACCCCGGGCCAAAGCUCUGGGUCCUGUCGCGCAUCCCCCUGCAGAUCUCCGUGUUGCGUGGCAGAAAUCAUCUGGACGCCUUGGCGCUGCAUGCCCGGUAUGGCACUGUCGUGAGGGUUGGUCCCAAUGAGCUCUCGUACAUCACCGGGCAGGCGUUUCGGGAUAUCUAUGGCAAUCGACCGGGUGGGAAAUUCCGGAGAGACCCCACGCAUUAUCUUCCGCCGCCGAAUGGGAUUCCCCAUAUUGUGGGUGCUUGUGAUCCGGAGCUGCAUUCGCGGUAUCGGCGGAUGCUUGCCCCUGCGUUCUCCGAGCGUGCCUUGAAUGAUCAAGAGUAUCUGAUUCAGGGCUAUGUCGAUGCGCUGAUCGGUAAGCUCCGUGGGGAGAUCGGCUGUGUGGAUCCACCGCGGAUCGACAUCCGGGAUUGGUUCAAUUGCACUACGUUCGAUAUCUUUGGGGACUUGAUGUUCGGAGAGUCAUUCGAUUGUCUCAAGGAGAGUCGGUUGCACCCAUGGAUCGAGCUACUCUUCAACUCCAUCAAGACUCUUGCCAUUGCUGGUGCUGCAAUGCAGUUCCCGGUUCUGCAAGCUCUUCUGGAAGCCGUCAUUCCGAAUAGUGCUGCCGAAAAGGCCCACGAGCAUUUCAGACUUGCAGUGAACAAAGUCAAUCAACGCGUCGAGACACAUAUCCUCAGAUCAGAUUUCAUGUCUGCGAUCCUGAAGAGUGGGUUGAGUGAUACCAAAGAUAAUCUUCACGAAGAGGAACAGAAGAUGAGUCGAUCGGAGCUCCAUUCGAAUGCAUACAUCCUCAUCAUCGCGGGCAGUGAAACGACCGCCACAGCUCUAUCUGGCUGCAUUUACUACCUGUGCACGAAUCCCGAGAAAAUGAGCUUGCUGGUUAAAGAAAUCCGCUCGACCUUUCACGAAGAGUUUGGCAUCACAUUUCGCAGUUCCGCUUUGCUGGAGUAUCUAGUAGCCGUCAUCGAGGAGUCGCUGCGCUUGUACCCACCUUUUGCCACCACCCUCUCUCGUAUCACCCCCAAAGGCGGGGCGAUGGUAGAUGGUCAGUUUGUGCCCGAAGGAUCAGCACUCACCACUAUGCGACAUACCACUCCCCCGUCCAACUUUGCGCUGCCCGACGAAUUUCAUCCAGAGAGAUGGCUUGGCAAGGACGCCCGCUUCAACGAGGAUAGGAAGGAUUCAUUCAACCCAUUCAGCUACGGUCCGCAAGGCUGUAUCGGAAAGAAGUUGGCAUACUGCGAAAUCCGACUCAUCCUCUGCAAGCUCCUCUGGAACUUCGACAUCUCUCUCUGCACCGAGAGCAAGAACUGGCUCAACCAGGAGGUUUAUUUCCUCUGGGACAAACCGCCUCUCAUGGUUACCUUGCUUGACCGGUUCGAGAUGAAAAAAGGCUCUCAUGACGGGCUGAGAUGA